UGCUAUUAAAGCUGUGCAGUGGAAUGCAAAGGAURGGACUCUGCCCCUGCCAUCGGGUGUGAUGUUCAGUCACAAUCUCAUCUCAGCAUGACACCGAGAGGAGCAGCCCCACUGAUCGUGUAAGGCCUUGUUUAUUCAGUGUUUACAUCACAAUUCCCAGCAAUUUUUAGCUUGAAAAAUAAUAACCAACAGAGGACAAUAACAGCCUUUCAAACACAAAGUUUGAAGCUUUGCAUUAAGUAGGUGGAGCCGCGCAGCAGCAGGUGUGACCUGGUUGGUGUUAUCUGGGAUGAAGCCUGACAGAAGGAGAUCUCCUUUGGGGUUACCCAACACAGAUACAGAUGCAGCUGGGAAUCCAAGCACUGUGGAGCAGCAGAGGGUGAGCAUCCCUGUGCCAAGUGCCCCUGGAGGGCAGRCACAGAGCUGUUCUGCAUCUCUCCAGGCUCCUCAGAGAGCUUCUGCAAGGCUCGCGACAAAUAACUGAGAGGCCGACCCCGAGAACUUGCUCUGAGCCUUCCAAGGGAUGAACUCUUUGCCCCUAACAGUGCAUUGUGGACAUCAGGGAAGAGAGAAGGGAAUGCAGAGCUCUGCCUGUGCAGCACUUGUUGGAUGACCUGGGCAUGAUAUUCUAUUUUUUAAGRAUUAUCUUUGUUCCUUUGAAGAUGUUGGCAGUAUGGAUCAUUGUUCUUUUUCUUCUCAGUGCAGCCAGAGGAAGGCAAGUGUGCUUCAAAAGGCUUGGAUGCUUUUCAGACAGCCCCCCUUGGGCUGGGAUCCCAGGGAGACAACUGGCGGGCUUGCCCAGCUCUCCAGGUGUUGUGAACACAAAUUUCCUUCUUUACACCAGAGACAACAUGAUGAAAUACCAAAAAAUUUCAGCUACAAACCCUUCGACCAUAAAAGCUUCGAAUUUCCGAACGCACAGGAAAACUCGCUUCAUUAUACACGGGCACCUGGCURGAGCAGAUCUGCCCUGGAUCACGAGCAUAUGCAGGUUCAUGUUCCACACUGAAGAUGUGAACUGCAUUUUGACGGAGUGGACGGGCGGCUCCAGCGGUUUGUACACGGACGCGGUCAACAACGUCCGCAUYGUGGGGGCCGAGCUGGAGUACCUGGUGAACUUCCUCGAGAAAGACUACGGCUACUCUCCUGCCAACAUCCAUUUCAUCGGCCACAGUCUCGGAGCACACGUUGCAGGGGAGGCAGGSAGGAGGAAACCUGGCAUUGGAAGAAUAACAGGUUUGGAUCCAGCUGGGCCCCUUUUCCAGUACACUCCCACAAUGGUUAGGCUGGAUCCUUCAGAUGCAACGUUUGUUGAUAUAAUUCACACUCAUGCUGGUCAUCUUUUCUUUGACUUUGCUCCAGGGAUUCUUCAGCCUUGUGGCCACYUGGAUUUUUACCCAAAUGGUGGGAAGAAGAUGCCAGGGUGCAACCAGCUUCGUGUGCCUCCUGCAACUCGGGAUAUCAAUGACCUGAUGAGAGCAUACAGAUCUUUUGGAUGUGGACAUAAAAGGAGUCUCAGGUAUUAUGCUGAGAGUAUCAUCACUCCAAAUGGAUUUGUUGGGUACCAGUGUGACACAUACCGAGGGUUUGUAUUGGGARACUGUUUCCCAUGUCCGAAGGAAGGAUGCCCACUGAUGGGUCAUUAUGCUGACAGGUUUUCACAUAAAACUGAAAAAGAACAACAAAAGGUUUAUUUGAACACGGGGCCCUCCCCUCCCUAUGCUCGCUGGUGAAAAAAGAUACACGUCAAAGUAUGUGCAUCAGAAACCAUGAAGGGAAAUAUAGAUGUAGCCUUGACUGGAACUAAUGGGAUCAGGAAAAAAUAUACCAUCAACAAGGGAACUUUCAAACCAGGCAACACAUACUUGAACUACAUUGAUACAGAAAUUCCUGGGAAUAUUUCAAAAGUUGAGUUUCUCUGGAAAAAGCAUCUUGGUCAUGUAGACAGAGGCUGCAUGGGAGCUGAAGAAGUCACAAUAAUAUCUGGGGAAACUGGAAAUAUGUCGGUGUUCUGUGGCUGUGGCACGGUGCAGCCCAGCAUGUGGCAAGCCCUGGCCAUGUGCUGAGGAUCUCCUGGGACACUGCAGCAACACUCACCCCCUGGAGGAGGAUUGCAGCCAGCAGAAAAGGUGAACGAGGCUCCCCCAACAGACUGAGAAACACACCCAGCUUUUGGGGUUAAAUCUCACAGUUUGGGAAAAAUUGGAGCUGCAGGUCAAGCCAUCAAGGAGCGGUUACAUGAUGURUGAUUGACAUGGCCAUGCUUUGUGUGUCAGGCUGUGAUUGGUUAAACAGAGYCAUAGACCCCGCCUAACCASAGAURUGAUUGGAUAAGAAGG